UUCAAACAGAUACGCACACACAAAUUGAAAACAAUUAAAUUCUAAAUUCUAAAAAAAAACACAAGUAUCCCCAACUAUGGUCAAGGUAGUGGAGGACAUUUUUGGGAUUGCGACCAAUCCGUUCACCAAGCAGGCACAAGUGAUACGUCGCUACACAAUGACCAACACCAAUCGCCUGUCGGUGGCCGUCAUCCAGCUGGGCGCCACCAUCCAGAGCAUUCAAGUGCCAGAUGCCUAUCACCAGUUGUCCGAUGUGGUGCUCGGAUUCGAUGAUGUGGCCGGGUAUACCAAGUAUAGGAACUACCAUUUUGGUUGCACGCUGGGCAGAGUGUCGGGUGUGGUGGGCAACGGAGAGUUCAUCAUGGACGAGCGGCGGGUGGUUGUGUCGAAGAAUCAUCACGGCCAGAAGCACCAGAUUAAUGGUGGCUUUGUGGGCUUCGAUCAGGUCAUUUGGGAUCUGGAAAUGAAGCGACCGGAUGGCGUCACCUUGCGGCAUGUGUCGCCGGAUGGACACGAGGGAUAUCCUGGCACCUUGAAAGUGCUGCUGCACUUCACAAUCGAUGACGACAAUCGGUUCUUCAUACAAAUCGAAGCCACCACUAGCCAAACGACGCCGGUGAAUAUAUCCAAUCAAAUCAUCUUUAAUCUGGCCGGCCAGACUACCGGCAUCAAGGGCAUUUUCGACCAUCAAAUCAAUAUCGAGGCAAUGGAAACGAUGGAAACCUCUGCUCCCGACGAACUACCCACGGGUCGAUUUAGGAACGUCAAUGAUUCCGUAUACGAUAUCCGAUUGCCCGUAUUCAUGGGCGAUCGAGUGCGUCAGUUUGAACAGAAGCCGGUGAAGGGGUACGAUGUUUGCUUUGCUCUCGACAAGGAGUUCGAUGCAAUUAAAACGCGUUAUGUGGGCAGGUUCUUGCAUCCGGAUUCGGGCAGAUAUAUGGAGAUAUUCAGCAAUCAGCCGUGUGUGAAACUAACCACCGGCAAUUGUUUUCCCCAGGAGCCACUUGGUGAGCCACCGAUAUUGGGUAAAAGGUGCACCCGCUAUUGGCAGCAUUGUGGUUUUAGCCUCCAGCUACUUAACUAUCCGGAUGCCGUAAAUCAGCCGGAUUUUCCACGCAUCUUCAUCAAUCCGGGGGAGCUUUAUUUCCAUGAAACCAUCUAUCACUUUGGCGUCCAGGAAUCGUGGAAGUGCUGUGCCGAUCCGGAGGAACUGGAAGCCCUGGGCGAAGAGCCACUGCGGAAACCAAUGGCUUGAUCACAGCUACUUAGGUAGCUGGUUUGAGAAGCGCAGAGAAGGGCGCUUCGAAAAAUUCGUGCGAUUAGUGGUAGCUACUUUCGUAGGCCAUUUGAGAAGCGCAGAGAAGGGCGCUUCGAAAAAUUGGUGUGAUUAGUGGUAGCUACUUACGUAGGCUAUUUGAGAAGCGCAGAGAAGGGCGCUUCGAAAAAUUGGCGCGAUUGAAGUUAGCUACUUAACUACUUACGUAGGUCGUUUGAGAAGCGCAGAGAAGGGCGCUUCGAAAAAUUGGUGCGAUUAGUGGUAGCUACUUACGUAGGCCGGUUGAGAAGCGCAGAGGAGGGCACUUCGAAAAAUCAGCGCUCUAUUCAGGUGUUGGCCAUUUUUGUUUGGUAAUAAUUUAUAUGGAAAAGGAAUAUCAAGGCAAAUAACUAGUCAAAUAUUAUAAAAAGUGCGUUAUGCUGUAUAAAAUUGAAAGUUUAUUCAAAUAAUACAUACAUUUGAGUUAUUUAUUAUACCAAAUGGAAUGCAUAUUUUCUAUAAAUGCCUGUUGAAGGGAUUUCUGUAUUAUUAAGUGGUUAUACAAAAUAACCGAAAAUAAAGCCCUCAAGCUCAAUAGGGAAAUGGGCAGGAAGUUGCGCUAGUUAAUAGAAACGUAAUUUGUUUCCCAUUUCCCGGAAACUCGUGGCGUAACAAGUGCUUGUGAAGGAUAAAUGGAACUACACCGACAUUUCAGUACAUUACGUUUAUGCCCGCUGGCUGCGAAUAAAUAAAUGGAUUCCACGAAUGGGCAAUAACAAUUGAGGCAUUUCGAAAAUGUAUUAAAGAUUUUAACUCUUCAGUUUAGCUAAUGAAUUAGCAGUGAUGCCAGAGAAACAGAAACAGAGAAACGCAAUGAACCUGCGGAAAAAUCGUUUGUAAAGCUCAUGGAGCGACCCUCGAACAUGAAUAGGCGGCUAAUGGGGCAUCUGGCACGUUUUGGAUCGAUUGGAAAUGUAACCUGAUGUUUUGUGUACCCCAGAUUGUUGACUGUUUGCAUUUGGUAAUACUAAAUUUAGCAAACGC